AUGGAACCUACUCGAAUGACGGUUGUGCGAGUCAGAGUGGCCCAGAUUCGCCCUGAGACGUUGGAUUAUUUCCGCUAUCCGUGGGAGUGGGACAAGGACCGCAACUUUAUCAUUAUCAAGAGAUCCUGUACCCAAAAUGAAAUUGACGCUCUGUCUCAACACACAAGAGAUGUCCUCCUGGUUUCUAGGAGAGUGACCAUCUCAAAGCCAGUGGUCAAAAGGACGACAACCGUUGCUACGCUCAGGUCAGUUGACACGGGGACCGUGUGGUGA